AUGGAAGACGAAAUGAACACUACAGUAGUCAGCAACGACGCCCCCGCUCCUCAGCCCCAAUCAACAGUGCCAGGCGACAUCCCUGCCCCCAGCGCUGCCAUGGACGCCAUUUCCAAUGCCCAGCUGAGGCUGCCGCCGUUUUGGCCGAAGAAUCCUGCCGUGUGGUUCACGCAAGUAGAAGCCCUCUUUGAUCUGCGGCGCAUCACAUCGCAACGUGUGAUGUACCUGCAUGUCGUCUCAGCACUUUCCUCCGAGGUAGCUGAUGAGUUCGACGACGUCAUGAGAGCCCCACAUCCAGCCACGCCCUACGACCAUUUCAAGGCCAUAGUGCUCACACGCAAAACCGUGUCCGAGAGGAGCCGUUUGCAGCAACUCCUCAGCGCGGAAGAACUCGGCGAUCGCCGACCAUCGCAGCUAUUACAUCGGAUGCGACAGCUACUCGGCGACCGUACCCAAGACUCCGAGAGUCCACUAUUGCGCGAGCUGUUUCUGCAACGCUUGCCUCCGACACUUGUCGUGGUUUUGGCAGCUGCGGAUGAUAUGCCUCUUGACAAACUGGCAGAGCUCGCGGACCGUGUGAACGACUACUCCGGCGCAAGAUCCGCGGUGUCCUCGACCACUGUCACGUCAGACCUCGAGGCCCGGCAAUCGGAGAAAAUUGACAGCCUGAUGGACACCAUGGCAGCAAUGCAGAUGGACACGCCUCGUCACUCUCCACUGGCGAAAGGUGGCUCACGUUCGCGUUCCCGUUCCCGCCCAAGACACACUUGUGACGUCUUCUGCUGGUACCACACCAGGUUCGGCGCCAGCGCUGCAAAAUGUCGACAGCCUUGUCGCUGGCAGGGAAACAUGGAAACGAGUCACUAA